AGUAAAGACAAAAAAAAUAAUAAAAAAUUUGUUUCAACAAUAUUGGUACAAGUAAAACCUUAAACCCUAAAACAACAAAACUCAGCAGCUCCAUCGAGUAGCACAGAACUCAACUCGCCGGAAAACAGAAACUUAACCGGAGUUACUCGCCGACAUUCAGAAACAAUUUGUAGCAGAAGAACAUGGGGAAGAACGCGGGGAAGAAGAGAAAGCGUAGUGAAAAGGCUGAAGCUGUAGCAGUUCCUAAAAAGGAAGAAUCGGCUCCAGAGAGACCAGUUAGGACCCUUUUGGGAUGGAAGGAUAAGAAUCAAAUUGAAAAUGAAGUUGAGGUUAUGGAUAAUGAAACUCGUUCACCUGUAUUCAGAAACAAAGAGAAAGUUUUGGUUACUUGUUCUAGACGUAUUGUUUACAGGUACCGACAUUUGAUGUUGAACUUGGUAUCGCUUCUGCCUCAUUGCAAGAAGGAUAACAAGGUUGAAUCAAAAGAAACUAAAGGCGCCACUCUGAACGAGCUUGUUGAGCUGAAAAACUGUUCGUCUUGUUUGUUUUUUGAGUGCAGGAAGGCAAAAGAUCUUUAUCUCUGGAUGGCAAAAUGCCCUAAUGGCCCGUCUGUAAAAUUUCUAGUUAGUGCCGUGCACACAAUGGAGGAAUUGAAGCUAACUGGGAAUCAUCUAAAAGGUUCCCGCCCUCUUUUGACAUUUUCAUCAAAUUUUGAAAAAGAUGCACACUGGAAACUGUUGAAAGAAAUGCUGUUACAGAUAUUUGAAACUCCAAAGGACCAUAGAAAGGCUAAGCCUUUUCAUGACCACGUUUUUGUCUUCUCAAUAGUUGACGACCAUAUAUGGUUCCGAAAUUACCAGAUCUCUGUUCCUCAUAAUGAGUCCGACAAACUGCCACGAGGAGGCCUUGAUAAAAUGACAUUGAUUGAGGUUGGUCCACGGUUCUGCUUGAACCCAAUUAAAAUAUUUGGUGGCAGUUUUGGAGGCCCGACUUUAUAUGAGAAUCCAUUCUAUGUGUCGCCAAACCAGAUUCGAGCUUUGCAGAAGAAGAAAAAAGCUGGAACGUUUGCUAAGAAGGUCAAAGCAAAGACAAGAAGGAAAAUGCAUGAGAUUAACAAUCAUCUAGAGCCUGACGAGUUUGCAGAUAUGUGGAAAGACUGAUCUCAAAAUUAACCUACCUCUUUUCACUGAAUGUAAGAAUGGGCAUUUCACCUUAUAUCCGACGUGAAAUGGUGAUUUUUGUUUUGCAGCUCAUUCUUUACAGUGGUUUUGAUGUGAGAAUUGCUUUGUGUCCAAUUGGAGAUAUAGAAUGUACUUCUAUGGACUUGUGUGAUUCUGUAAUGUUAUUUUCUUUUAUUCUUGUGGAGACUGUUUCCUACCAUGCCUUUGGUUGUACAAUAUUUAUACUUUAUCGAUAUUCUUAUAAGAUGUUGGUUUUGUGAAAGGUGAUUGCUCUUCUCGCCCCAUUAUUCAGAAGAAUACACUAUUCGAAGAUAUAUUCUGGUAGAACCGAAACAUAUCUUUCGGUAAAUGAGAAGAGCAAUUACCUUGGUGAAAAGUAGUAUUUACAAGAGAAGGUUGUUGUAGUUGGCUUAGUCGAUGGAUUAAUCUGACCUCUAAUUGAUGAAGUUUUAUAGUUUGUGUGAGCUAUCCUUUACGGAU